AUGAGUGCUCCAACUGUGGGUAUAGAGCAUUUACCAAGUGGUCAAGAAUGUCUUCAUUCAAUACGUGCAAUUGAAAAAUUUUUAAGCCGUCAAGUCACAUCAUUGUAUAGCGCUGAAAUAGGAGGUAGUAAUGGACUCAUAGCAUUAAUUGUUUCAUCCCAAAUGAAUAUUCCGUGUCUUGAUUGCGAUGGUAUGGGUCGUGCAUUUCCACAAUUAGAUCAUUCAUUAUCAUUUAUAGAAGGACAAAAAUGUUCGCCGACAUGUUUAUCGGAUGUGUACGAAAUCAAGUUUUAUACAAUAAUAUUCGAGAUAGUCAAGACAAGAUCAAAAAAACGAGUUUUAGCCGUUGUUCCGAAUUUGAUAACAAUCAUUGAUUGCGAAUCUGGUGAUCCGUAUUCAACAGAAAAUAUUAAAUUUGGAUGUCGUGUAUCUGUUCUUGUUUUACCAUCAUCACCAAAAAUGACAACUGAACGUGUACUAAAAGUUGUUGGCCCAAAAGCGUUUGGAUAUAGUGAACAUGAAUAUUCACGCGAUGAAAAAUAUCAACAACACCGACAUGAAAAAUUAAAAUCUGUUUGGGAUGUUUACUAUUAA